UAUAAAUGACAACAGAAAGAUCGAUUCUUUACUUUCUUUAAAGGAAAAAAAGUUGGCAGCUUGCUUCUCUCUCUAGUGAAAAUUUCUCUCUUUUUUCCUUAACGGUGGUGUUUGCUUUUCAUCUUUGGGCACAGAGUUUGCAAAAAGCUGAAAUAUUUACCAGUAGACUGCAUAAAAAGCAAGGAAAACCAGGAGGGAGAAAUAAAGAAGAAUACUGAAGACAUGGAUGAAUGGAAGAGAAAGCAAAAGCAGCGGCAGUAACUAUUCCAGGAUUAAAACAAAGAAUCUGUUUGGUAGAUUGCUCGAACUACUGAGCAGAAAAAGAUUAAUGAACAUAACCCAUCAUGUUGUUCAGAUAACAAGGCGACCAGACCAGAGACGACGGCUUGAUCCAGUUUUCAUAUUCUUUGGCUGGGAUGGUUGGGGUUCACAUUUGUAAGGUUUUGGGUUAAUUCUUGCAUCUGGGUUGAAACACAAAGAGUGAGUGGUGCAGGGCGUGGGGUGGGGAAUCCAUGGAAACCCCUUUGGUUGCAGAUUCUAAGCGUUCGUAUUCUUGGUGGUGGGAUAGCCACAUAAGCCCAAAGACCUCUAAAUGGCUUGUAGAGAAUCUUUCAGACAUGGAUGAAAAGAUCAAACAGAUGAUCAAGCUUAUUGAAGAAGAUGCAGAUUCUUUUGCAAAGAGGGCUGAGAUGUAUUAUAAAAAGCGUCCAGAGCUUAUGAAACUAGUUGAAGAGUUUUAUCGAGCAUACCGAGCGUUGGCCGAAAGAUAUCAUCACGCAACAGUAGUGCUUCACCAGGCUCAUCGAACAAUGGCAGAAGCUUUUCCUAAUCAUAUAUCCAUUGUGCACCCUGAUGAUAGCCCUGCUGCUUCUGAUGCUAAUUUUCGGACACCUGAGAAAUCAUCCCAUGUUUGCACCUCAUUUGAUUACAACGCUCUGGAACCGGAUGCUCUCGGCUUACCUACAUUUUGUGUUGGCCUUGGGGAAAAAAAUCAAGUUUCCAGCAAAGGCUCCAAUUUGAUGACAAGGGAGAAGUGGUUGAAGCAUCUUAAUGAGUUGUUCAAUUCAGGAGAAGCCAGGAACCUUUCAAAGUUUGAAGAUGGGACGGCGAGAAAAGGUCUCAAUUUUCAUGAUCUCGAUUCCGAAGAAGAGAAUAUACAAAAUAAUGGGAGCCAUGAUUUUAAGAAUCAAGUAACUUUCGAGUCUGAAAGGGUGGACAGAGCUGAGACUGAGAUUUUAUCCUUAAAAAAUGCGCUUGCCAAAUUAGAAGCUGAAAAGGAAGCAGGCUUACUUCAGUACAAUGACAGUCUACAAAGGUUGUCUAAAUUAGAGUCCGAAGUCUUUCGUACUCAAGAGGAUUCGAGGAGUUUAGACGAAAGAGCUGGUAAGGCGGAGACCGAGGUUCUGACUUUGAAAGAGUCCCUCGCCAAGCUAGAGACUGAAAGAGAAACCAGUCUUCUAAAAUACCAGCAAUGUUUAGACAAGUUAUCUACUCUACAAGACAGCAUCUUGUAUGUCCAAAAGAAUGUCGAAAAUACCGAGAGAGCAAGUAAAGCCGAAACUGAAGUUGAAAGACUAAAAUGGGAAAUUUCAAGUGUUGAAUCUCAUAGAGAAGCUGCUCUUGUCCAAUAUAGGGAGUCUUCAGACAUAAUUUUAAGCUUAGAGGAAAGAGUUGCGCAUGCAGAAGAGGAUGCCAGGAGAUACAAGGAGCAAGCUGAUGAAGCUCAAAGUGAAGUUUUAACCAUUAGAGAAGCGCUCACACAAUUAGUUGAAGAAACAAAAGCUGCUGGUCUCAGGCAUCAGCUGUGUACAGAUAAGAUUGCUGGUCUGGAACAUCAAAUCUCUAGCGUCCAAAAGGAGCUAGAAAGGUUACAGGAUGAAAAAGAUAAUGGGGUUGCGAAGUUGAAGGGUGCUGAAGAUAGGUGCCUUCAUUUACAGAGAUCAAAUCAGAUUCUUCAAUCUGAGAUGGAAUCUAUGGUGCAGAAGAUAGGCACACAAAGUGUAGAAUUAAUAGAGAAGCAGAAGGAGUUAGGAAGGCUUUGGGCUUGUAUGCAGGAAGAGCAUUUACGAUAUGUGGAGAAUGACACUGCUUUCAGAACAUUGCAAGAACUGCAUUCCAAAUCUCAGGAAGAAAUCAGAUCAAUGGCCCAAGAAAGCCAGAUUCAGGUUCAGACAUUGAAGGAUAUGGAAAGUCGAAAUCAGGUUCUAGAGGGUGAAGUCCAGAAGAUUGAGGAGGAGAAAAGGAGCUUGAAAGACCUUAACUUAUCAUCGGAGAUGUCCAUAAACUGUUUGCGGGAUGAGAUGUUGAAUAUGACUACAAAUUUGGAAAAACUAGAAGCAAGUCUUGAGUUUCAAGUUGACCAAAAGAAUUCUCUUGAGAGAGAAAUGUUCUGUCUAAAAGAAGAGCUAAACGAUCUAAAAGCGAAGAAUUUGAUUAUGUUGGAGCAGAUUGAGUCCGUCGGCUUUGCUCCUGAGAACUUUGGAUCAUCCGUGAAAGAACUAUGUGAUGAGUAUUCAAAGAUGAUAGAUAAUAUUGAGAUGGAAAAAAGAGAAAAAUCAGCUCUCUUGGAGAAAUUGGAAGUCAUGGAAGAACAUUGCGAGAAAAAUUCUCUUCUAGAGAAUACUAUCUCAGAUUUACACAUCGAGUUGGAAAGUCAUCAAACAAAGGUGAAGAUAUUGGAAGAAUGCUGUGAACUUCUCUCAGGAGAGAAAUCCACUCUUGUGACUGAGAGGACCAUCCUGUCUUCUCAGUUGCAGAUGGCAACUGAUAACUUUGAGAAACUCUCAGAGAAAAACACUCUUCUUGAGAGUUCACUUUCUGAUGCUAACUCUGAAAGAAAACGACUUGCUGAAAAUCUGGAAAAGCUUCACUGCUUGAAUAAUGAUCUUGAAGAGAAAGUAAGGUUGCUGGAAGGCAAUCUGGAAGAUGUACAAUUGAAAAACUUGCAUCUCAGGAAGUCAUUAGACAGGUCAGAGCAUGAGCUUUUGGAAGCAGAACAGAUUUUGAUCAUGAUACAGAAUGAGAAGUCAGAGUUGCAUAAGAGAGUUGAGGAACUUACUAUUAUGUGUGAAGAGGCUAACGCGAUUGUGGAAGAGAAAGAGAACCAAAUUGUCAAACUAUCUGGUGAUAGCAAACAUCUAAUCAGUGAGAUAGCAUCUCUGCGGAAACUAAACUUUACUUUGGAAGUGGAACUUGGAAAAAUGCUAGAAGAUGUCAAACGGCAUAAACAUAGGGAGAAAAGUUUGAGGAGUGAGCUAGUAAAGAAGAGAAUGAAGGUUGAGAGAUGUGAGACUCAGGCUGCUGAAUUGUUUUGUGAGCUCCAAAUCUCUACUGUUCAUGAAAUAAUAUUUAGGGGAAAGCUUCUUGAACUCAAUGAGGCAUAUGCGAACCUCAAAGACAGAAGUAAUUAUAGAGAUGUGAAGACUGACACUCGUAGGGAAAGAAUCAAUAGCAUAAGCGAUCUAAGUGGGGAACUAGGAGCUCAUUUGGCCAAAUAUAUCUCGGCUGUUACGUCUUUGAACGAUUCUGUGACCUAUCUGGAGAAGCAUACUCUUCUGGGAAAAAAAGCUCACAAAUAUGAGAAACAAGAAGUAAAGGAUAUCGAUCCAGUAGAUCAUCAGCAUUUUGAAUGCUACCAGCAAGGAUAUCACGAUCUGAUUGCGACACUGCACAAUGGAUCUUUUGAAUUGAAAGAUUUGCAUAGAAGGAUCCAGGCUGUGGAAAUGGUUGUAAUAGAAAAAGUGAAACUUGAGACUCUUGAAAAUUUGAAUUCUACUAGCAAACAAGAGACGGUAACGAGAAAGGUUGAGGCGACUUGUGGAAGUAGUUUGGUUAGAGAAAAUAACCAGACAAGGCCAACUACUCCAAGAAGAGAGAUUGAACUUGGAAAUGAACUGCAGAGAUCAAAGACUAAAGUAUUUGAAGUUAGUGGUGAAAUACUGACAAAGGACAUCAUUCUCGAUCAGAUAGCCAAAUGUUCUAACGGAGCUGACAGGAUAGAGAAUGUAGAUGCUUAUAAUCAGAUGCUAGAAUUAUGGGAGGCAACUGAUGAGGAUGGCAGCAUUGAUCUUAUGGUUUGCAAAUCUCAGAACACUGCCACUUCUUCAACUAACUAUAACAGGUUUGAAGUAGUUAAGGAGCAGAAUAAGCGCCGCUCUACUGAUUCAUUGGUUGAGAAAGAGGUGGGAGUGGAUAUAUUAGAGACCACAAGUAGAGUGCCAGUGCCACUCCACAAACGCAAAGAGAGGAAGAUCCUUGAAAGACUUGAUUCUGAUAUGCAGAAAUUGACAAACCUCCAAAUAACUGUUCAAGAUUUAAUGCGGAUCGUGAUUACAAAGCAGAGUAAAAGGAACAAUGCUGCGGAAUAUGACACCAUGAAAGAGCAACUUGAUGAAGUUGAGGCUGCUGUCAUGAAGCUGUUUAAUGCAAACUGCAAAUUGAUGAAGAAUGUACAAGAUGGUACCCUGUCUUCUGAUGGAGCAUCCACCAUUGUAUCUGAUGAAACUGGAAGUGUCCGAAAACGGAUAAUCUCAGCCCAAGCAAGAAGAGGGUCCAAAAAGAUUGGGCAGCUGCAACUUGAGGUGCAGAGGUUACAGUUUCUUCUACUGAAACAAGAUGAAGAAAAAGAAAACAAGAGUAAGGCCAGGAUCAUAGAACGACCCAAAAUUCGCCUGCAGGAUUAUCUUUAUGGUAGCAUUAGAAGCAAGAAUAAGCACAAGAAAGCUACAUUCUGCGGAUGCAUGCACGCCACCAUGUCUCCAAGUCCAACAGUAGGUCCAUGGAGCUAUUCAACUUCAUUGUUAGAUAAUCAGCAUAGAUUAAACAACUGAAAAUGAAGGUCUCUAGACAUUUCUUCCAACUGAGUUUCACACUCACAUAUUUACUUUUUUUCAUACAGUAGGGGAUCUACUUUUCUGUAGCUUUCAGAACAUCCUGUACGUUUCAAGCUACCAUCUAAUUUAGAGGAAGCUGUUCUAACAAUGAAUUUGCUUCCAGUUCACUGCA